GCUCCCCUCGCCUGAGCUCCUGGGGUCGCCAUGGGCCACUGUUACCGCAUCCGCGUGGCCACCGGAGCCUGGCUCUUCUCCGGAUCACACAACUGCGUGCGCCUGUGGCUAGUCGGGGAGCGCGGAGAAGCAGAGCUGGAGCUACAGCUGCGGCCCGUGCGAGGAGAGAAAGAGGAGUUUGUACUGGAUAGUCCGGAGGACCUAGGCACAUUGCAAUUCGUGAAGCUGCGCAAACAGCACUCACUGGUGGACGACGCAUGGUUCUGCGAUCGCAUCACUGUGCAGGGUCCGGGAACCUCYRCGGAGAUCGCAUUCCCGUGCUACCGCUGGGUGCAAGGCCAGGGCGUCCUGAGCCUGCCCGAGGGCACAGCCCGCCUGGCAGGAGACAAUGGCUUGGACGUCUUCCAGAAGCAUCGGGAGAAGGAACUGAAGGAAAGACAACAGAUCUACUGCUGGGCCACCUGGAAGGAAGGGAUACCCCUGACAAUAGCUGCAAAUUGUUUGGAUGACCUACACCCAAAUGUGAGAUUCCAUGAGGAGAAGAGGCUAGACUUCGAAUGGGCACUGAAGGCAGGGGCUCUGGAGAUGGUCCUCAAACGUGUUUACACCCUCCUGAGAGGCUGGAACCGCCUGGAAGACUUUGAUCUGAUCUUCUGGGGCCAGAAGAGUGCCCUGACUGAGAAGAUCCACCAUUCCUGGCAGGAGGAUGACAUUUUUGGCUACCAGUUCCUCAAUGGCGCCAACCCCAUGCUAUUGAGACGCUCCACCUCUCUGCCAUCCAGGCUGGUGCUACCCUCAGGAACAGAGGAACUUCAGGCCCAGUUGGAGAAAGAACUCCAGAAUGGUUCCCUAUUUGAGGCUGACUUUAUCCUGCUGGAUGGAAUUCCAGCCAAUGUGAUCCAAGGAGAGAAGCAGUAUCUGGCUGCCCCCCUUGUCAUGCUGAAGAUGGAACCCAAUGGGAAGCUGUUACCCAUGGUCAUCCAGAUUCAACCUCCCAAUCCCAGCUUCCCAACCCCAACAUUGUUCCUGCCAUCAGAUCCUCCACUUGCCUGGCUCCUGGCCAAGUCCUGGGUCCGAAAUUCAGAUUUCCAACUGCACCAGCUCCAGUAUCAUUUGCUGAACACUCAUUUGGUGGCUGAGGUCAUCACUGUUGCUACUAUGAGGUGCCUCCCAGGACUGCACCCUGUUUUCAAGCUCCUGGUCCCCCAUAUCCGCUAUACUUUGGAAAUCAACACCCGGGCCCGAACCCAGCUCAUUUCAGAUGGAGGACUAUUUGAUCAGGCAGGAAACACAGGUGGAGGGGGCCAUGUGCAGUUGCUCCAACGGGCAAUGGCUCAGCUGACCUACUGUUCCCUCUGUCCUCCUGAUGACCUGGCUGACCGGGGCCUGCUGGGAAUCCCAAGCGCCCUCUAUGCCCAUGAUGCUUUACAGCUUUGGGAGAUCAUUGCCCGGUAUGUGGAAGGGAUCGUCCACCUCUUCUACCAGAGGGAUGAUGUUGUGAGGGGGGAUCCUGAGCUGCAGGCCUGGUGUCGAGAGAUCACAGAGGUGGGGCUAUGCCAGGCCCAGGACAGAGGUUUCCCUAUCUCUCUCCAGUCCCGGGCUCAACUCUGCCAUUUCCUUACCAUGUGUAUCUUCACAUGCACUGCCCAGCAUGGGGCCAUCAACCAGGGCCAGCUGGACUGGUAUGCCUGGGUCCCUAACGCCCCUUGCACAAUGCGGAUGCCCCCACCUACCACCAAGGAAGAUGUGACAUUGGCCACAGUGAUGGGGUCACUACCUGAUAUCCGGAAGUCCUGUCUUCAAAUGACCAUCUCAUGGCAUCUGGGACGCCGCCAGCCAGACAUGGUACCUCUGGGGCAUCACAAAGAAGAAUAUUUCUCAGACCCCCAGGCUAAAGCUGUGUUAAGCCAAUUCCAAACAGAUCUGGAAAACCUGGAAAAUGAGAUUACAGCUCGGAAUGAGCAACUUGACCUGCCUUAUGAAUACCUGAAGCCAAGCCGCAUAGAGAACAGUGUCACUAUCUGAGACCUAAGGUGCCCCCACCUGAAAGAUGUCACAUCAGCUUUAAGACUGACAUGUCCAUCUUGAAUAUAAUGUUUUCCUAAGUCUCUGUUGCUAAGGCUCUGAUUCCUCCCUCAACUAAACCUUCUAUCAGUAUACCACUAGCCCAGAGAGCACUAAAUUUAAGAGCCAGGCAAUAUUUAGGCCACAGAGUCCCCACCACAAUUACUCAGCUUUCCCACUGUAGCACAAAAGCAGACACAGAUGAUAUAUGUCAGUAUAUUAUUUUAAGUAUGUUCCAAUAAAAAUUCAUUUAUGGACACU